AUGUCGUGGUACAAAGACCCGAACCCCCUUCCCACCGGCUACUGGGGCCCGAUCACCUCGACGCUCCUAUGGUGCGAAGAAAAGUACCGCUGGUCUCGCUACGUCGCGGAACCGAUCAACACGGUGACCAACGUCUUUUUCAUCGUUCUUGCCCUCUACGGGUAUCGCGUCACGGUCCGCGAGCGUCUUCCGUUGCGCUAUGCGAUAUGUCAUCUGGGCGUAGCGCUCGUCGGGUUCGGCAGCGCCCUGUUCCACGGCACACUCAUGUACUGGACGCAACUGCUCGACGAGCUGCCGAUGAUCUACACCUCCGCCUGGCUCACCUACUGUGUCUGCGAAACCUCGAAAGGCUACGGCAAGCCACGAUUCCGCAUCUUGCUACCUACCACGCUGGUGCUGCUCGUGACGUGGAUCACCGUGGUGUACGUGUGGAACGGCAAUCCUGUCUUCCACCAAGUCGCGUACGGAUCCAUCCAACUCGUGUCCACCGUUCGGGUGGUAUAUCUGCUUCAAUCCCCCGCAUCAGCGCUCAACACCCCGGCGGGCAAGGAGCGCAAGAGCGAGAUCCUCAGACUCUACCUGUUUGGCGCGAUCACCUUCUUGACGGGCUUCGCCAUCUGGAACGUAGACAACAUCUUUUGCUACCAGCUGCGACAGGCGCGUGCGCGCGUCGGUCAGCCCUGGGCCAUCCUACUUCAAGGACACGGCUGGUGGCAUAUCCUGACCGGGUGGGGCGCCUACUGUCUGAUCACGGCAGGAAGCCAGUUGGCAGCGGGCGAGAAGGAGGAUGUGAACAACUUUAGACUGCAGAAGGGGUGGUUCCCGGUGGUGAUUCGCGUCAAGGAGUAUAAGCCGACGGCUGCGGGAAAGAGAGGGAGGAAGACGCAGUAG